AUGAGUUUUCCUGCCACUCCGGACAGGAGAGAUGGCUUGAUGCCCGCUGAAAGGAGUGCCUCGCCGACUCGAUUGCAUCCAAUUUUAAGGCGAACAGACACAGACACAGACCCAGAUUCAGUGUCCACCCAGGACUUCCGCCUCAGAGCUACUAAAUCCGUGUCACCGAAAUCGCAGGUUCGAUUUUCAAUCCCAGAUCCCAGUUCCCUUGAAGGCCAUGAAGAAUCUGUGCCGCAGUCACCUUCGAAAAUAGUGUUUCCCAAGGAUUCCGGUGAGAUUGAGGAAGGGGAAGAAGCAUCAAGAGAUGUGCGCAUCGACAAUCAUGGUCAUUUCCUAGAUAUGCAAUCUAGAGUAAUGCUGGAUGUGCCCGAAGAGAUAUGGAAGUUUCAUACUACAAGAAGAGAUUCGAAAAAUCGAAGGCAUCGGAGAACUACAUCUGAAAAAACGGCUCAAGUACAACGAAGUGCGCCCUCACACAACAGAACUAAAUCACUACAAGCCAUGAUCGUGGAUACGGUGACUUCCAUGUCAACGGGUAGCAAUACCAACCGAGAGUAUUUGAAUGAAGGCACCGUGAGUGAUACAAGUCAAGUAUCCCCGUUGAACUUACCCAGACCUGAGAUUUAUUUGAGCCCCGAAUCUCCACUCAACAGCUACAGAUUACCCAUACCGCUCGAGAUCUCGUUACCACCUUUUCUAUCUCCCCUCAACAAGCAGAAACAUAGAAGAAGUGUGGUAUACGAUGGAGACGGGUAUAGUCAAUAUAAAGAUGGAAGUUCUUCAAGUUCGGAGGAGGCCAUCAGUGACGAUUCUAUUGCUUCUGCAAAUCAUGAAUAUUCGUUCAAUAUAGACCAGGGAACUAAUGUUGAUGAGACGCUCGGUAUCGAUGAGCAUGGAAAUGUUAAUUUGAAGACUCAACAAAAAAACCUAAGAAAACAGCAGCAACGGACGACGACGAAGGUCAUUAAGAGCAAUAACAACGCGAAUACAGGGAAGCUGGAACCUCCAACGAAUGCAAAUCAAGCGAUCAAAACCAAUAUGCAUGAAAACUUAAAACGGCAACAACUGUCACCAAAUUCACAGCAGGCGAGGAAAUCAUUGCAGAUACUUUCUACACCUUCUAAACUGAUUAAUAUUCCUGAUUUAGAGCAUGACAUGCAUCCAAGAUGUUCACAGGGUACUCUUAAGUUUUUUGACAAGUUCGAACAAUCACAAACCCCAGUGGAAGCUCCAAACCAGCCCCAGGAGACAUUAAGUCCCGGUAAACAGAGAGAUCAAUUGGAUCUCAAUUUUACAUUUCCAAGACUGAUUCAAGAUCCAGAUUUUGAAAAGGUGGAUAAUUCACCGACCUCUAAGGAUUUCGAGAAUAGGAGAAGCGCGCUGAUGGAACGUAACCUUUCUCCAGGAGACAAAGGCCACCGACACAGACGGAGUAGGAGUAUACAUAAUGCCGAGGAUAUGUUUGCAGCCACCUCCACACCUCCAAGGGUACCAAAUAGAUCACCGCUGCGACCCAAGUCCCCGACAAGCGAAAAAAACAUUGUAGAUCAACCCGAAGUGACUACAUUAAGUAACAGCGAUAUUCUUGCUGAAGCAUCGUCAGUUUACGAGGAAAAUAGUUUGAAUGAAAAGUCGAACGACGGAGCAGACACCCAAAAUAAGUCAGAUAUUGGAAACAAGACAGAGGAGAGCUUGAAAAUCGUCUUUGAAAGAAGAAUAAACAACUCGGAAGUGAGUGGAGAACCUCAACCUACCAAGCCAAUGACCUUGAUGCACUCAUUCAAAGAGCCAAUCAUUCCACCCGAAGCUACAAACUCUCCGCCAAUUUCAGACGAUUUCCAGAUGAAAUUGUUGUCGCCUAGAAGGAGUUUAUCGAAUGUUGGUAGCAGCUCGUCCUACAACUCUGAAUUUUCGAGGAGAAGCCAUACCAGUAGUGCAACCUCGCAGCCUUCUGAAUGUUAUUCGCCAAUGAGAUUGCCCAUGAAAAACAAGAAUAUGAGACCGCUAAAGGAGCAAGGUAUUAUUAGGAAUGACAUUGACCAGCAGAGAAGUGAUAGUCUUCGUAGCAUAUAUGAGAAACGCGAUGGUAAAACCGUGGAAGUCUUUGUGCUUGAUGAUGAUGACGACGGUGAAGACUGUCAAGUUGCCAAGACUACCAAAAGCCAAGGUAAGUGUUCUAGUCGGAAUUCCUGCAGAAGAUCUAAGUCCUAUGAAGAGGCAACGAAAAAUUAUGCCAGAAUCCUGCAAAUGUGUGAACGUACAGCUGACCAGGCGAAAGAUAUUCUACUCCAGCUCAUUAAAGAGAACGAUGGAUGCGACAAGAGUCUCAAACGCCCUGUACCACCAGUAUCAAUUAUCGCCACUAAUAAAGCGCGUGAGCGGCGACUUCCGAGGCCUACUGGUGGCAAAGUAAUGCCCUUUUACUAG